AUGGAAUCAAGUACAUUGCAUACCAACCAAGAUCGAAAGACGGUCAUUAAUGUGGAUAGCAUUCUUCAAGCCCAGUCUCGUCGAUAUAAGAGCACUGAAGUCAGCAAGAAUAUCUUGCCAGAGGUUGACCUUGGCAACUUACUGUUAAUCGAUCGACAACCGGUGGAUCCACAAGAACUUCAGUCUGAUAUAGAAAUCUCUCUACAGCAGCUUGCGCGUGACAAUACUCAGUGGUUAAUCAAUGAAAUUUGGAAGCUUCCAACCCAACAAAUGGAGGAUGCACUACUGGUACAGCUACCGGAGCCUACGACUAUAGUUGCCCGAGAGAAACCGAUACCUAAACCUAAGCCGCCAACAAAAUGGGAGCAAUAUGCAAAAGCCAAGGGAAUACAAAAACGCAAAAGGGGCAAAAUGACCUUUGACGAAAAAACACAGACUUAUAAAAGAAGGUGGGGUUAUAAAAGUGUUACAGAUGACAGUAAUGAUUGGGUUAAAGAGGUCCCAGAAAAUGCAGAUCCUUAUGAAGAUCAGUUUGAAGUAGCCAGGGAGGCUAAAAAGGAACGCAUUGCAAAGAAUGAAUUGCAACGAUUAAGAAAUAUUGAGAGACGACAAAAAGGAUUUUUUAACAAGUUUGAAGCCUCCAAAGGUAAGAGUACGAAAACGAAAGCAGCACAGGAAGAGGUAACAAAGGCCAUCAAAGACGCUCAGUCAUCGACGGCAUCUCACGGUGUAUUUACCAAAAUAUUGCCUCAAGAAAAACGUUUACGAAAAGCUGGAGUUAGAAGAAAGUUACCACCCAAUUUAGGAGAUGUUAAAUCUGAGCGCGGUGCGGGAUUAGAAAUUGCUGAUAAACUUAGGAAGGCUCCAAUAUUGAACAUACCGAAGGCUGUAAGCAUGAAUCCAGUUGAGGAAGACGGAAAAAAAUCGAAAAAAGGCAGAAAGUCUAAAGGCAACUUUCGCCAAGGAAAACGGGCUAAAAUGAGCAAUAGAAAUUUCUCCCAAAAAACAAAGAAAAGUAGUGCUAUUAGUAGAAGUAAAAAGAAAUGA